UAAACCUUACAGUUGAUCUCAACUUCAGAAUUUUUUGUUUCCCAUUUCUCUCAAGAAAGUGUUAUUUUUUUUUUUUGGGUAAUCACUAAAUGCUUAAAAAGUUUCUCCGCAUACUUAUUUGAAAGAAAGAAAAAAAAUGUCUGAAUCUGUAGCAGCAGAGCAUGAUUACAUAGGUUUGUCAGAGUUUCCUACCAUGGAAGCAACAACAAUGUCUGACAAAACCAAAACCAGAGACAAUCACAACGUCCUCGAAGACGAAGGUUUGAACUUCAAGGCAACCGAGUUGAGACUUGGGUUACCAGGUUCUGAGUCACCGGAGCGAGUAGACACAAGAUUCUUGUCUCUCAAGAGUAGCUGUCCUGUGUCAGGUGCCAAAAGGGUGUUCUCUGACGCCAUUAAUGAGUCUACCAAAUGGGUCUUCUCUCCUGGAUCCACUACUGCUACUAAUGAUGCCGGCUCGGGUUCUGGUCCCGGUUGCUCCGUCGUGAAAGAUGGAAAGUCUACAGCUUUCUCUAAACCGGCCGUUCCGGUUAAGGAGAAGAAGAGCUCUGCAACAGCUCCAGCUUCAAAAGCACAAGUGGUGGGAUGGCCACCAAUUAGAUCAUUCAGGAAGAACUCAAUGGCAUCUUCUCAAACUCAGAAACCAGGUAAUAACUCAGAGACAGAAGAGGCAGAGGCUAAGUCUGGACCAGAACAACCUUGCUUGUAUGUCAAAGUGAGUAUGGAAGGUGCUCCUUACUUGAGAAAAAUCGAUCUCAAGACUUACAAGAGCUACCUUGAGCUCUCUUCCGCUCUUGAGAAGAUGUUUAGCUGCUUCACCAUUGGUCAAUUUGGGUCUCAUGGAGGGUGUGGCAGAGAUGGGUUAAACGAGAGUCGCUUGACUGUUCUCUUGCGUGGUUCUGAGUAUGUUGUUACCUAUGAAGAUAAAGACAGUGACUGGAUGCUGGUCGGUGAUGUCCCUUGGGAAAUGUUUAUAUGCUCCUGCAAGAAGCUGAGAAUCAUGAAAAGCUCUGAGGCUAUCGGCUUAGCUCCAAGGGUGAUGGAGAAGUGCAGAAGCCGGAACUAGGGAAUGCCAUUUUAUGUGAUAAUUAUGUUUGAAAAAAUAUAUGCUUUUAAGAAAUGUAAUAGCCAUUUUGUUUUGAAGUAUUUUUGUGUUUUGUGUGCUAGGAGUGACCUUUCUUAAAACAGCCUCUACUAAGCUUUAAUAAGGCAUCUUCCUCUUCUGUCUCUAAUCAAUCUAGUAGAUCAUAUGGGUUUGUAUAUGUGUGUUUGCCAAGGAAGACUUCAUAAUUCAUAUGUAUAAAAGGUUGGUAGUGUGUAA